CAAAGUGGUACGUAUCUAAGGAGAAUGCAUGUUUCCUGUGUUCUUAACAUUUUCUGCUUGUCUCUAUGUUUACCAGCCUCAUGUGAUAAAUGAUGUUUAAUUGUUUCACCUAUGAGCUUGAGGAUACAUGUUAGAAUGGUGGAUUCUAAGCACUGGUGUUUCCAGCUUUUGCCAUUGAUUAGUACUUGGUUGCCCAUCUUCCUCCCCUCUUUCCAUUUCCUCCCACACCAUAAGGCCCGAUCCUGCAAUGCUUACUCAGUGGCUUCAGUGGGAUUAAUGGCAUGGGUUAUAGGAUCAGCCCCUUAAUGAAAGGCUUGACAUUCUGCCUCUGUUCUGACACUGCUGCCUGCUUCUCAUUCCCUUGUCUGACCUGUAACCCACAGUGGCGCAUGGGCUGCUGUAAACCAGCCUCCUGCAAUCUGGCCUGCUGUGCGGAUAGUUUGCUACAAGCAGACAGGAAUAUGCAGAAUCCAAUAGGAGAGGGUUAUAGGCAUCUCACUGCGGCCCUGUAAAAGCCUCAACCCAGUGUUCAUUAUUAAAUGUCCAAACCAGCAAAGUGCAUUGCGAAGCAUCUCCUGUGACAUGCUGAGCACCUGAAUGUCCAUAUUGACUUUAGUGGGAGAUGAAGGUGUUCAAAAUCUAGUAGGAAGGGAUCCUAUUAAGGUAGGUAGAAGAAAGGAGAAUUUGCUGGCUGCAGAGUAAGGGAUGCUAGAAAGAUUCUGGAUGCAGAAUGUAGAGGUCACUGACUGACAGGUUAACUGGUACAGUUGCCUGGAAAGGUUGAGUACCAUUCUGUUAUAAGACCACCUCUGAAAGUCAAGAGCCAUUAAAGGGAAUGUUAUGGCUGUGCAAUAUCCAGCAUAAUGCCCCUGCCCCUGCAAUUCUGACAGGGGUCUUGGAGUGCUACUUUAAUACAAAUCAUGAUCAAUAAUUUGUUGUGUGUUAUACAAAGCAUUUCUGGACGAGGUGGCUGUACUAAAGUUUUUAAGCCAUUAGAACAAAUUGAAAUACUUUGAUGUAUUCUGAUUUUCUCAAGACUAAACUGAAUGUAUUUGCCUACAGAGAGAUGCAAAUAAUAUAACUUUUGUUAAGAAAACGAAUAUCAGCACAGAAUACUCAGUAGCAUUUGCAGAUGGGAAGAGGCAAGUUUUAUAUUUAGUUAUUGAAAAUAUGUUGUGUUUUCAUGGUGGUGUAUAAGUUGGAGCCUCAUGUUAUCCAUUUUCAGGAUAAAGUGUCACAUUAUAUAUGAAUUCUUAUGAAACACAUUCCUGCUUUGACCCAUUCCAGCCUAAACCGGCAGUCAUAGCAAGUAUAGUGGUUUAAGUGAUCCUUGCAAGCAGUUAAUUCAGUACAAAUCCUGGAAUAAGACUUACUCAGUAUUGUUCAUGAAAAGGGCCCUUGAGAAAUCAUCUGAAAGAUAUUAGGACCUGAGUAUGCUAAUCAUGUGCAAGGGUGACCCCUGUUGGUAGAAUUUAAAACCAGAUGUGGACAAAUCUCAAUUACCACCCCUAUCUGGUAAACCAGUCUAUUGGCUUUUUUGUAGCUUCUGAUUUUAUAUCUAUGUAAUUAAGAAAUAUUAAAAAAGAAUAUCAAAACAACACAGAUCAAAACACUAAUCCCCCCUCUCUCUCUGUAUAUAUAUACAUGUAUGUGUGUAUAUGUAUAUAUGUAAUGUGUGUGCAUAGAUACAUACACAUAUGUUGCCCAAGCUAUUUAUAUAAUUUGUGCUAAUGUGUAUGUGUAGUGUGUGCAUUUGAAAACUGUCCUGAGCAUCAUGUUUUUAUCUAAAGUAGACAGACUGGGUUGUGUUGUAGAAACAGCGACUGCUUUAGGUAGGGUACUUUUGUUCAAACUAUUCCGUGGGAACUACUUAGUGAAAACUGACCCUGCUUUUCCUUCCACCCUCUGAGCAGUAUUAAGGAAACGGGAUAUCAUUCAAAGAGGGAGUUUACCAGGGAGGAAAGUGCUUACACGGGAAGUACCAUCCCUACGUUCCUGUGUGAAUUUUGUGUCUACUGCCAGAAGAAAGUCAGGGGCAUUGUGGGAACAAACUAUUAGUCAAAAUGUCUCUGUCAUGAAUCAGCUAUUUUUUGUCAUUCCCUUUAAAUGAGACCUCACUAGAUCCCAGUCAAUCCAAUUAAAAUUUUCAUGCAAAAUAUUACAUUUAUUGCAACAUGUUGGGGCUUGAAUUGUUAAAAGUUUCCUAAUACCAGGUAGUCCAUUAGGAAAGAGUGGCAUGACCCAUUUUGUUUUUAUCAGGAUGGAUUACUACUGAUUAGCCUAAAAAAAAAGAGUAAGAGUAACAGCAAAAUGAGGUCCUUUUGCUAGGAAAGGCUGAUGAGACAGGAUGUUCUGUCUUCCUGUGUGAAGGUGUGAGAAUGUUUGCAUGGUUGGAAAUGUUCUUGUGUUGAGAAAACAUCUUGCGUAGUUGAAGAGUAUUGUGUAAACUUUAAUCGGGAGUUUAUUUGAAAAAGAAAAAUAAUCCUGAAAAUGAGGUUUGUCAAGGGUAAAAUCAGCCCCAUUUUACCUCUUCAGUGUCAGCUCUCGGAUAGUAAUAUUUCCUAAAUAUUCCUGAAGUGGAUUCUCAGAAAAUCAUAGAGAUGUUUCUAGUCUAAUUUGUUCCACAGUUUUUUCCACAUGCUAGUUAGGAACUUUUCAAUACUGGGAGAAAAUUGCCUCUAAAUUGCUCACCUCAAGGCAACCUUUUCCUCAGGAAAAGAAUCAAACCAUGAUAGCUGUGCUGCUACUAACACCACAGAGAGAGAGAGAGAGAGAGAUUUUGGAAAUUACUUAAAUAAUGUAAGAAUCUGGAGAUCUCCGCAAGCAUAUGAAUAAAGAAUUAAAGGCUGAACCUGCAGUUCUUCCUCUGGCAAAGGUCCCACUGAAAUCAGAGAGAAUUUGGCCUAAGUAAUGACUGUUGCAUAGGAUCCUAAGGCAAGUGUAGGCUGGGGGGCCUCAUUUAGUGAUAGCCCAAGCUUUUAAUACAUUUAGUUCCAGUACUGAUGUAUUAGCAUAAUACAUACAGCUUGAAUAUAAUUUCUCAACCUGUUAUUUUUAUUUUUGUCAAGUCUAUUAAUCUUUAUUUUCCUCUAGAAUGAACAUUUUAGUUGAAGGUAAGACAGUCAGGGGAUGCAACGGACACUUGGAUAAAUGCAUAUGGAAGAUAAGUUCUAGUUCUCUUGUACCUGAAAUUCUGCACAUUUACAACAGGUGAAUUCAGACUCCAGAGAUCUCCAAACAAUUUAAUUGGCCCUGUCCCCUAUGUCAGAAGAAAUCUUGCCCCAGAAUAAUUUAAUAGCCCCUGACCCCUCCCUCAGAAGAAAUCUUGCCCCAGAAUAAAGUUCAGAGGCAACAGAUUGAAACAGUGAGACCAGAUGAUGGCACAUGAAUGUAUCUCCCUUCCCUUAUUGUUCGCGAUCAGCAGCACUUAUGGCUUUGCACAGUGGGCUCCUCUUUAGCCUUGGCUCUUUUGUGGUAUCUGUGGCUGGUAGAGUUGUCUCCUCACUACCAGCUGUCCCUCUCCUCUGGAUGGAGGUUUUCUAAAUGGUUAGUGAAGCAUUUGAUGAGGGAAUGAAUCAGCUCAGUGGCCACAAAUCUGUGCUUUAAUAUAUUUACACGUUGCCUGGCAGAAUCUCUGGUCUUUCAUGCUGCAUUUAACAGCAUAAGAAAUACUGAUAACUUUGAUUCAGAAAAAAAAUGGAAUCUGAAAUGGACUUUCUACUCCAGUUUAAAGACUACUGCAAUCAAUGGGAGCAGGAGCAGAUCAUUUAAGAGCAAGGGACCUGAUCCAAAGCCCAUUGGAUCAGGCCCAAGACUUGUUGGAAUAUCCCCUGAAGGUAUUUUCUACAGCAUUAUGUGACUGUUGUGGGACAGAUGACCUCUCCAUGGGUGUCUCAGCCUCAGACCAGUGGUAUCCUACCUCCUGCGAUUUUCAUGCAUUCUUGUUCUUAGUCCUCCCCGUCAGAGUUCUUUAAACAAAAAGUCAUUCCCAGCUGCCCUAAGGCUACACAUCCCAGAGAAAAGGGUGAGGCUGAUUUAAUUAGACUGAUUUUGCAAGAUUAACUGACAAAUGAAGAGCUCUCUGUAAGCUCCAAAACUUUUCUCUUGCCAACAGAAAUUGGUCCAAUAAAAGAGAUAACCUCACCACUUUGUCUCUCUAAAUUAUCCUUAGCCAUCCAAAUCUGGUCCUAGGCAGGUGUCCAUUUCCACCUAAUUUGCCUACAACCUUUGUUUAGGGUAGCAAGGGGAACACACCUCACUCCUUAAGCAUUUAGCCUGGGGCACUGGGGUUUCCCAGCCGGUGUGCCUGGCAACAGCUUUCCUUUUACUGCUCACCUCCUCUACCAAUUUCCCUGCAGAAAAGUUUAGCUCCCUGCCGGUGCGGAUAGGGGGCCCCAGGUAGCUCAUGCCCCCCUUAAAGUGAAGACUCUACUUUGCAAGCGACAGAGGAAGUCCAAGCCAGCCGUUCCCUCUGUUCAUCUCCAGGCCUGUCUGAACCUCACUGGAAGGUAGCAGAGAGGCUGCAGCUGCAACUCGUAAGGGACAGUCUGAUGUUAGGAGGGAAUGUGCACCGCUCCCCUACUCCCCGUUUAAGGGAUUUCCUUCCCGCCGCCUGACAGGUCCGGCCACGUGCGCGCAGAAUGCUCGGCGCGCGCCCCCUCCAGGCCCCGGCAGGCCAGGCGGGGAUGCUCGCCGGCGGGAGCUCGGCUCGGCUCCUUGCAUCUGGGGAGCCGCACGGCGGGUCCAGGAGGAGACGGCGUCACCGGGGUGGGCGGAGCCAGCGGCUCAGCUGCUGUAAACAGCGGGGGCAGCGCCAGAGGCCGGGAGAUGGGCUAUAAAUAGGGAAGCUGGGGGAGCCCGGCUGGAGUGGAGAAGCACCCGGGCACUCAGGAGCAGCUGUCACCUUAGCGCCCGCCAGCUGUCCCUGUCCCGGCGAGGCAGCGCUCCGGCUGCAGAGCCCCGCGUCUCCGAGGGGGGGACUGCCCGCUCCUUAGAGCAGCGAAGGGAGCCCUGCCUGGCAGCUGUGGCUUAGUAGCACCCGGGGCUAGGUCUCCACAGAACUAAGAAUACUGAAAGCAGCCUCCCUUCCCAGGAUGGACCUGGUCAUCAGUUUUGUUUCUCUUCUAUUUGUAAUCUCUUCUGUAUGCACAGCAGAAGCAGCCUCAGCGUGUCCUGAUCAGGACCCUGAGCUGGAACCCUGGGACGCUGGUCACGAUGAAGAUCAACACAUUGAAAUCAGCAAAGGCAGGAAGCUCCUUCUCUCUUCCUCUGCGACCGUCCACUCUAUCAACAUCACAGAUGGAGGAAAACUGGUCAUUAAGGACAAUACACAGCCUAUAGUUUUGCGAACUCGACAUAUAUUGAUUGAAAAUGGAGGAGAGCUACAUAUCGGCAGUGAGCUAUGUCCAUACCAAAGUAAUGUGACGAUCAUCUUAUAUGGGCGAGCAGAUGAUGGCAUCCAGCCAGACGCUGACUUUGGGCAAAAAUAUAUUGGAGUCAGUCGAGGUGGAACCCUUGAGAUCCAUGGUGAGAAAAAGUUGUCCUGGACUUUUCUAAACAAGACUCUCCACCCUGGUGGCAUGGAAGAAGGUGGCUACUACUUUGAAAGGAGCUGGGGGCAUCGAGGUGUCAUUGUCCAUGUUAUUGACCCAAAAACAGGGGCAGUCAUCCAUUCAGAUCGGUUUGAUACCUACAAACUGAAAGGGGAAAGUGCCCGUCUUGUCCAGUAUUUGAGAGCAAUUGACAAUGGCAUGAUCCUGUCAAUAGCAGUGAAUGAUGAAGGAUCUAGAAACUUGGAUGACUCAGCCAGGAAAGCAAUGACAAAACUGGGCAGCAAGCAUUUCCUCCAUCUUGGGUUCAGGCAUCCUUGGAGUUUUAUUACAGUAAAAGGAAACCCUUCCUCUUCUGUUGAAGACCACAUUGAAUAUCUAGGACACAAGGGAUCAGCUGUGGCCAAAGUAUUCAAACUAUUCCAGGCUGAGAAUGGAGAGCAUUUUAAUGUGUCUUCAACCAGUGAGUGGGUUCAAGAUGUAGAAUGGACAGAGUGGUUUGAGAAGCCCAAAAAGGCAAGAUCCAAAGACACGGAGAAACUUUCUGACCUCAGAGCGGCAAACCCAGGCAAAAUCUGUAGUCACCCCCUUGCUAUCCAGGCAGCUACACUUUCUGGAGCCAAUUUAACAACUGAGGUUUUCUACAAAAGCGGCCAUGAUUAUAGGUUUAUGUGCCAUGGUAAGGAUCAGACAGACGAAGGCUGCCAAAAUUACCGAGUGCGGUUCCUGUGUGGCAAACCUGUGAGACCAAAGCUGACUGUAAGCAUUGAUACCAACGUGAACAGCACAAUCUUGAGGCUGGCAGAUGAUGCACGAUCAUGGAAGGCUGGAGAUAGACUUGUUGUUGCCAGUACAGAUUAUUCCAUGUACCAGGCGGAAGAAUUCCAAGUCUUGCCGUGCAGAGCCUGUGGGCCUAAUGAGGUCAAAGUAUCAGGGAGAGCAACCUACCUUCACAUAGGAGAAGUGAUCGACGGAGUGGACAUGAGGGCGGAAGUAGGGCUGCUAAGCCAAAACAUAGUGGUGAUGGGAGAGAUGGAGAGGCAAUGCUAUGACUAUAGCAAUGGUUUAUGCACCUUCUUUGAUUUUGACACCUUUGGGGGACACAUCAAGAUUGGUCUUGGUUUUAAAGCUGCCCAUAUUGAAGGUUUAGAAUUGAAACAUAUGGGCCAGCAGAGAAUGGGACACUAUCCAAUUCACUUCCACUUGGCUGGAGAUGUGGAUGAGAAGGGAGGCUACCACCCUCCAUCCUAUGUGAAGGGCGUCUCCAUUCACCACACCUUCUCGCGCUGUGUCACAGUCCACGGCUCCAAUGGCUUGCUGAUUAAGGACGUUGUGGGCUACAACACCCUGGGACACUGCUUCUUUACUGAGGAUGGGCCAGAGGAACGCAACACAUUUGAUCACUGCCUUGGACUGCUUGUUAAACCUAGCACUCUCCUGCCAUCUGACCGAGACAGUAAAAUGUGCAAGACGAUUACAGAAGGGGCAUACCCAGGGUACAUCCCCAAACCCAGGCAGGAUUGCAAUGCUGUAUCCACCUUCUGGAUGGCCAAUCCGCAUAACAACCUUAUAAACUGUGCAGCUGCAGGAUCCGAAGAAACAGGCUUUUGGUUUGUUUUUCACCAUGUGCCUACGGGCCCCUCGGAAGGAAUGUAUUCUCCAGGCUACACUGAGCACAUUCCAAUGGGAAAAUUCUAUAACAAUCGGGCACAUUCCAACUACCGAGCUGGCAUGAUCAUUGAUAAUGGAGUCAAAACCACACCAGCAUCUGCUAAGGACAAAAGACCUUUCCUGACACUGAUUUCUGGGAGAUAUAGUCCACACAAAGAUGCUGACCCUUUGAAGCCUAGGGAACCUGCGAUAAUUGAGCACUUUAUUGCGUACAAGAACCAGGAACAUGGGGCCUGGCUGAGGGGUGGAGACGUAUGGCUGGAUGACUGCCAGUUUGCAGACAAUGGCAUUGGCCUGACCUUGGCAAGCGGCGGAACUUUCCCACAUGACGAUGGUUCAAAGCAAGAAAUAAAGAACAGCCUGUUUGUCGGUGAGAGUAAAAACGUGGGGACCGAGACCAUGGACAACCACAUUUGGGGGCCCGGAGGCCUGGAUCAUAGCGGAAGGACUCUCCCCAUAGGCCAGAAUUUUCCAAUUCGAGGGAUUCAGUUCUAUGAUGGGCCGGUCAAUGUCCAAAACUGUACGUUUCGCAAGUUUGCUGCACUGGAUGGUCGCCACACAAGUGCCCUGGCAUUCCGGCUCAACAAUGCCUGGCAGAGCUGCCCCAAUAACAAUGUCACGGAUGUUCUAUUUGAAGACGUUCCCAUUACUUCAAGAGUGUUCUUUGGAGAACCUGGACCCUGGUUCAAUGACCUGAAUAUGGAUGGUGAUAAAACAUCAGUUUUUCAUGAUGUAGAUGGCUCUGUGUCGGGAUAUCCUGGCUCAUACCUUAUAAAGGAAGAUAACUGGUUGAUCAAACACCCAGACUGUAUUGAUGUGCCAGAUUGGAGAGGUGCCAUCUGCAGUGGGCACUAUGCACAGAUAUACAUCCAGGCCUACAAGUCAGCCACCCUGAGAAUGAAAAUAAUCAAAAACGACUACUACAGUCAUCCUCUCUACUUGGAGGGGGCUUUAAGCAAAAGUUCUCCUUACCAGCAGUAUCAGCCAGUCAUAACACUGCAGAAAGGUUAUACCGUCCAUUGGGACAAGACGGCACCCGAGGAACUGGCUAUAUGGCUCAUCAACUUCAACAAGAACGACUGGAUCCAGCUAGGGUUGUGUUAUCCUAAAGGGACAACAUUUUCCAUUCUCUCAGACAUCCACAAUCGUCUCUUGAAGAAAACAUACAAAACUGGGACCUUCUAUAGGACCUUGCAGAUGGACAAAUUGGAGUACAGAUACCCUACCAAAGGAUACUAUUACUGGGAUGAGGACACUGGGCUGCUGUUUCUGAAACUCAAAGCCCAGAAUGAGAAGGAGAAGUUUGCCUUCUGCUCAGUCCAAGGCUGCGAGAGAAUAAGGAUCAAAGCUGUGAUCCCAAAGAACGCUGGAAUUAGUGACUGUGAAGCCAAGGCCUAUCCAACAUACAUGGAAAAUCCAGUAAUAGAUGUGCCAAUGCCUAAGAAGCUCUCUAACACACAACUGCAGAAUAAUAAGGACCAUUUCCUAGAGCUGAAAGUACAAACCUUCAAGACCAGAUACUUCCAUCUCAGGGAUGACUUUGCAUACAUUGAGGUUGAUAGUAAAAAGUUUUUCCUCGCUGAUGAUGGUAUCCAAGUCGUUGUGAUCGAUGGGGAGAAUGGAAAAAUUGUUGACCGAAUAAGUUUCAAAAACUCUAUUCUACAGGGAAUCCCAACGCAGAUAGACAAUUAUGUCACCAACAUCAAAAACAAUUCUAUAGUGGUGAUGGCAUCCAAAGGCAGAUUCAUUUCAAAAGGACCCUGGACUAAAGUACUGGAAAAACUUGGAGUUGAGAAGGGUUUUAAGUUAAAAGAUAAAAUGGCUUUUGUCGGAUUCAAAGGCAGCUUUCGACCAGUCUGGGUGAAACUGAUCACCGAGGAGGAUGCAGCUAAAAUCUAUCAAGUUGUGCCAAUCCCUGUGGUGAAGAAAAUGAAAUUAUGAGGACACCAUGCUUUGCCUUCCUGCUGUUAGCACUGCCCCAAUAGAAAAGGACUACUGACUCUGCUCCCAACAGGCACCGUGCCACAGCGCUCCAGAGAUGUAGUAUUUCUUUGUUGCUGUACAUGAAGAAAGCUUUAUUGCAAGUGGGUAGAUGGCCACAUGUGACAAACAGCAUUCCUUGUGCUGCACAUCUUGUUUGAUCCUGCCCUAUUGAUUUGCUUGCUGAAACCAGAUUUACCUUUAUUUUCUAAGCUAAUAUCUGGGGCAAAACUGUUUUCAAAUAGUGGGGAGGGGAGUGUCAGUGCCUUUUACAUGGCCUGGUCAUGUUCUGCCUCUACAUCCCUUGUGAGCCUCUCAGGUAUGAAUGUCAAAUCUAAUUGCCAUACAAGACUCGGAAUUUUCCCAUGGGACUGUUUUUGAGAGUGCAAUCAGCUGCUCGCACAAAACUGGGAAUGCAAAUUCAGAGACUGGCUGAAAAUUUGGAUCAGAAAUCAUAAAUUAUAGUCAGUAUCUGAAAGCUGCAAAACAUGGUCAAACAAUGAGAAUUUAUUUGAAAGCUUCUGCACUCUUCUGUCAAACUGCUGCAGAAUCCCGAGACUAAAUUGUACAUGCUGAACCACUUGGGAGUUAUCACAUUUCAGCUGAUGGUACAUAGUGAGGAAAGAAAUGGCAUAGGAGUGAUUUAACACAUUGUGAUGCUUUGGGUUCACCCAGACCAAUAAGGGGUUGUGUCACUACUUGCCCUGGGUGCCUCCGUGCUAUGCAGCUAUGGCGCAGAACUCUGACACCAGCAGCCAGCUCAGUGAUCUCACCCUGGCUUCCACCUGCUUGAUUAGUCCUUGCAGGGUGACACCAACAGCCUCUUCUGUCUGGAGUCCACCCAAAACAGUCUCCCCUGUGGCGCUCAGCCCCUCUCGCUGUAGCAUUCACCAAACCUUAUCAAGUUCGUUGCUCCUUUGGUGAGAGAGUACGCAACACCGGCCUGUUAGUUUGGCUGAGGAUUUUACUCUUCAGUUUGAAACACUGCACUGAGAUGGUGGUGUACUAAAACAAGAUUAAGUUUAUUAACAAGGAAGUGAUAUUGAACUGAUACCAAGUGGACAGAACUGGGACCGAAAUGCCUACAAACAAACAAACAAAAGUAAAAAUACCAUUCUAAGACUAAAACCUAACUUAAACUAGAGUCUCUUGUUCAAAGUAGUUUUCUCACCACACUUGUUCUUCCAGCAUGGCUGGCCAGUUCUUAACCCCGAACCAACACAGAGCUCAGAGCACUUCGUUUCUUUGUCUCUUCAGAUGAAGGAUGCCAAAAAGGCUUUUUCUCUCCGCUGAUAUCCUCAAAGUUUUAUCUUUGUUUUCAAAGUCAGGAAGCCUGUUUGGGGGCUCAGCUUGCUGGGUCCACCCAGGAGCUGACACCAUGUUCAUUUUUACAGUCUCCUCCUCCCGCUGUGAUAGUGGCUCUCGCCCCAACUCGCUAGUUUGAUGGCUUUGUUUACCUUUUAUGUAAAUGUACUUCCAUUGUCUCUCUUGGCUCAAUUGACAUUGGAGACACAUUUGUGCAGGUGGGCCCAUGUUCCUUUGUCAAGGGCAGGGUGCCUUAUGCCCUACCUGCCAAACACAAUUUUAAGAACAUAUUUCCAGAGCACAUUUAUAAGUUUUCAUACAUCAUGCAUACAUGCACCAGCAAUAAUAUUAAUGACCAACUUGUUACCAGUUGCCUAUGAUAUCUUACAUGGCACCUUUUAGAUACAGUAAAUUGGGGUACACUGAGCUGGUUAGGCCAAUGGAGGCUCACUGCUAGAAACUAGGGCACCCCUUACCCUCUGGCAUUGGGGUGUUCUUAGGGUCACACAUGUGCAAACCAAAUAUGGUCAUAAUGGAACCUGCUAUUUCUGCUCAAUCCCAUAACCAACAACUGGCGUUCCCAUGGUUAUGCUUUUAAAUAGCUGUUGUCAUGAUUCUGUGUUUUUCCCAGGCAAGCAGCCACAGACUGAUGGAAAAGACCUGACAACCAUGCUCUUCACACUUACUCAGACUUUCUCACACAUUCCUUCAAAUAUAAAUUUUCAGAGCCAGCCCAGUGGACUGGUUGUGCCUACGUGACAUGCUACCGAGAGGAUCCACGCUUGGGUCUCUCGCCCCCAGGCAGGGAAUGCUGGGGAGUCAUCUUACUCCAUCCCUAAUCAAGGGUGAGGAUUAAAUUGUACUUCCAGUGCAAUCAAGGGGGACAGGAUCAGGCCCAAUGUGUUGUGCAUUACUUGCCUGUAAUUUCUUCUGGCCAGGGCAGUGAGUAUGUUAAUAGGCUCCAGAGGGAGCUAGAUCUUUCCUGGAGGGUGAAUCACUAAGAUGUAGGGGGCUUUGAGGUCACGUGGAAGGGCUGAAGAGGAAAAGUUGAUCCCAGGAGACACACCUCCUCCCCAAAUAAUGUAACCUUAUGUAUUUUCUGCCCCCUUUCCUUCAAAACAUAAUAUUCUACGUUUAAAAAAAUGGAUGAUGAGCAAAGUUGAGUGUAAACCAGAACUGCUUUCUUCAUUAAGCUGGGAAAUGUAUCUUAACCUUAUAAAAACACUGUAUAUUGUUCAAAAAUGCACAUGAUACAGUGCUUUGUGUUUCCCAAAGAUAUCAUGCAGGUGUCUCAAGUGGCUUCUGUUAUUCGGGUAACUUCCAAAAAAAAUGGAGUACUUGAAGUAGGCAAAUUGUCCAUAUGCCAGAGCAGUUGUGUUUCCCUCCCCUCCACUACCCCCAAAAAAAUCCAUUGUUGGUUUGUCUUUUUAAAUAGGACUUUUUUCUGAGUGUCUCUUUUUUCACUGUAUCUAAAAUGUCAGCUCUGGAUUGGAAUGAAGCAGCCAUGAAUCCAUGUGUCAUUGCACAUGGUGUCACUGUGCAGGUGCUGAAUUCCAAAAGACCUUUCUGGCACUGUUUUUGGACCAGGUUGCUGUGUGAGUCAGUUAUAAGUGGUAUUCAGGCUCUAAUGUAGGUAUGUGCCCCUCCAGUCCUUCCUGGGUUUUAAAACUGGAAUUGCUUUUUUUCUAUACUGUUUUUAUAUACUGUUUUCCUUAGCGGAAUUUCAAGAGUGUUGCAUUUUUUUGAAAGGAUCCAGGGUUAUUUCUCUUUUCCCUGGCUUCUUUACAUCUCAUAAUGAAGGAUUCCUCAUUCAAGCAAAGGCAUGUCUGCUCUAAACCAUUCAUGCCAUUUGGGCUAAUUCCACUAGAUGCAGUGUGAAAGGGCAUAGCUCUCAAGAAAUAUACAUUUCUCUCCCAAUGUCUUAUGAUGAUCUGGGUUCUUUCCAUCCCCAGAUCACAACUAUUCCUUAAAAAAGAUUAGUCUCACUUACAGUUCAACCUCGAUUAUACAAAUCUCAUUUAUCUGAAACUCCCUGUUAGCCAAAACAGUAUCCUAUCCCUUAAGUCUAGUAAUUACAUUAAAAAAUCCUUAAUUAUUCAGAACCCUGGCUAUCUGAAUGCAUUCAGUGUCCUCCACAAUAUUCCCAUAAUCGAGGCUGUACUGUAGGUACAACGGCAUCUAUUGCUCUGUAUUAGCAGAUCAUAUGUACAAUAUAAUGAAUGAAAAAUACUAGAAAGGGGCCAAGACCAGAAUUUUUUUAUUCUGAAGGUUUUAGGAGAGGAACCAGGAUCAAAACCCCUCUGGGUUUGGAUUUGGUUUUCCAAAAACAUCCUGGUUUUGCCCUUUGCUAUUCUAGCCAAUCACGUCUUUAUAUUGUAGUAGCUGAGCACCUAUCGACUCAGUACAAUCAAACCCAAUGGAGCAGGAGUCGAGUUCUUUGUUUAACUAAUACAAAAAGGCAAGUUGCAUUUGUACUGAAGUGUUGCUUCUAAUUUUCACAAUUUUUGGAAUUCUCAGGGUGAAAUCAUAAGACUUGGCACUAGGAAAUAUACCUGUUUUUUAAAUCACAUCUUAUCCAGGGAAAAAAGUCUGUUUUGUUCUGUCAUGCAAGGAUAGUCAUGUGGGCCCAUUUAGGAGGAAGGGGAUGGGUCUUACUCUGUAAAUACUUAGGAUAGGAUCACUGCAACUUGUUAAGCCUUAGACAGAGAACGUGGCUCGGCAUAAUGGGCCAGAUUCUCCCCUGAAAUGCAAGCAGCUCCCAUUGACUCAAUGGGAGUUAAGUGCAUGGAACUGACGGCAGAAUUUGGCCUAAUAUCACCAACCAAUAGUUCUGAUAUAUCAUUUUUUAAAUAUUUGUGGAUUCUAGAGGUUGUACGUGUGUUCCUCUGCAAAUAGUGAAUUGACUGACUCCUUGUAGUUUGUACAUUCUUUAAACUGUCCCAUUCACAAACUGUAAAUAUCCUGUCUGUAAGGUUUUAUUGCUGCAAAUAUUUUCACGUUAGCCUACAUAUACAGUCAUCAUUAUUAAGGCAAUUUUGGGGUGGGGGUGUGUCAGUUCAAAUGCUUGUUUUACCUGUUGCCGAAAUAGCUGGUCCUUUUUCGGAAUUAGAUGUAUAGUGUUUUGUACAUUUUCCUAUAGACUUCACAAUGAAAAAGAUAUAUUUUCUAUUUAUUUAUUACAAAGGCACUAUGAGACCUAAAUUUGCAGAGAUUUGAAGACCUGUUACUGGAUUUGAGCAUUGUCCAAGCUGUUAAGGAGGUUGGAAAUAUGUCUUUUCAGAUAAUCUGCUUUGCACUUGAAAGUUAUGUCCACAGAAUGUGGCAAUGCGUUGACUGUCUAGUUUAUGCUGACAGAAGCUUUUGAAAGAUUCAUUCCAAAAGUUUUUGCUUACAACAGAAUUAAUAUGUAGUAACUUGGGAUACAAAAAGGUUUAUCAGAAUAAAUAUUCAAUGCCAAAUUA